CCUCCCUCCUCGUUUCCCUCCCUCCCGCCGGCGCCGGACACGCCGUGCCUCAUCUCUUGGGGCGCUCUAACCCCUGGCCACCCGUCGCGUCCCGGGCAACUCUGGGGGCAGCAGCCGUUGGGUGUUGAAUGUUCCCCACCGACAGCGCAUGGCUGGGGAAGCGAGGCGUGGACCCGGUUCCCGAGGGGCCGGUGUCCGGGCUGCGGUGAUGCUGUUGCUGUGCCUGGGGCUCCCCACCGGGCGCCCCUACAACGUGGACACCGAGAGCGCGCUGCUGUACCAGGGCCCCCCGGACACGCUGUUUGGCUACUCGGUGGCGCUGCACAGCCACGGGGCGAACCGAUGGCUCGUCGUGGGGGCGCCCACUGCCAACUGGCUCACCAACGCUUCAGUGGUCAAUCCUGGUGCCAUUUACAAAUGCAGGAUCGGAAACAAUCCAGACCAGACGUGCGAACAACUCCAGCUGGGGAGCCCUAUUGGAGAGCCUUGUGGAAAGACUUGCCUGGAGGAGAGAGAUAAUCAGUGGCUGGGGGUCACACUUUCUCGACAGCCAGGAGAAAAUGGAUCCAUCGUGACAUGUGGGCAUCGAUGGAAAAAUAUAUUUUUCAUGAAGACUGAGAAUAAGCUCCCUAUUGGUGUUUGCUAUGGAAUGCCCUCUGAUUUACGAACAGAACUGAGUAAAAGAAUAGCUCCGUGCUAUCAAGAUUAUGUAAAAAAAUUUGGAGAAAACUUUGCAUCAUGUCAAGCUGGGAUAUCUAGUUUUUACACACAGGAUUUAAUUGUGAUGGGAGCCCCAGGAUCAUCGUACUGGACUGGUUCUCUUUUUGUCUACAAUAUAACUACAAAUAAAUACAAAGCUUUUUUAGACAGAUACAAUCAAGUAAAAUUUGGAAGUUAUUUAGGGUACUCAGUUGGAGCAGGACACUUCCGGAGCCAGCAUACCACUGAAGUAGUUGGAGGAGCUCCUCAGCAUGAACAGAUUGGAAAAGCAUACAUAUUCAGCAUUGAUGCCAAAGAACUGAACAUCUUACAUGAAAUGAAAGGUAAAAAGCUCGGCUCCUACUUUGGAGCUUCUGUCUGUGCGGUGGACCUCAAUGCGGAUGGCUUCUCAGACUUACUCGUGGGGGCUCCCAUGCAGAGCACCAUCAGGGAGGAAGGAAGAGUCUUCGUGUACCUCAACUCAGGCUCGGGAGCAGUAAUGAAUGAAAUGGAAACAGAGCUCAUUGGAAGUGACAAAUAUGCUGCAAGAUUUGGAGAGUCUAUAGUUAAUCUUGGUGACAUUGACAAUGAUGGCUUUGAAGAUGUUGCUAUUGGAGCACCACAAGAGGAUGAAUUGCGAGGUGCAAUCUACAUUUACAAUGGCCGAGUAGAUGGAAUCUCACCAACCUUCUCACAGAGAAUUGAAGGACUUCAAAUCAGCAGAUCAUUAAGUAUGUUUGGACAAUCUAUAUCAGGUCAGAUUGAUGCAGAUAAUAAUGGAUAUGUAGAUGUGGCAGUUGGUGCUUUUCGCUCUAAUUCUGCUGUGUUACUAAGGACGAGACCUGUAGUGAUUGUUGAGGCUUCCUUAGACCACCCUGAGGCAAUAAAUAGAACAAACUUUGACUGCACUGAGAAUGGAAUGUCUUCUGUGUGCAUGGAUCUGACACUUUGUUUCUCAUAUAAAGGCAAAGAGGUUCCAGGCUAUAUUGUUCUGUUUUAUAACAUGAGCUUGGAUGUGAACAGAAAGGCAGAGUCACCAUCAAGAUUUUAUUUUUCUUCCAAUGGAACUUCCGAUGUGAUUACGGGAAGUAUCCAAGUUUCAAGCAAAGCUAGCAGCUGUAGGACACAUCAAGCAUUUAUGCGGAAAGAUGUGCGGGACAUCCUAACUCCAGUUCACAUUGAAGCCGCCUACCGCCUUGGGCAGCACGUCAUCGCUAAACAAAGUGCAGAGGAAUUCCCACCACUUCAGCCAAUUCUUCAGCAGAAGAAAGAAAAAGACAUUCUUAAAAAAAAGAUAAACUUUGCAAGGUUUUGUGCCCAUGAAAAUUGUACUGCUGAUUUACAGGUUUCUGCAAAAAUUGGCUUUUUUAAGCCACAUGAAAAUAAGACCUACCUUGCUGUUGGGAGCAUGAAGACAUUAAUGUUGAAUGUGUCAUUGUUUAAUGCUGGAGAUGAUGCUUAUGGGACAACCCUGCACAUCCACCUGCCCGUGGGACUGUACUUCAUUAGGAUUUUAGACCUGGAAGAAAAACAAAUAAACUGUGAAGUCACAGAAAGUUCCGGCCUAGUAAAACUUGACUGCAGCGUUGGUUAUAUAUAUGUAGAUCAUCUGUCCAGGAUGGAGAUCAGCUUCCUCCUAGAUGUGAGCUCGCUCAGCAGGGCAGAAGAGGAUGUCAACAUCUCAGUGCAUGCCACAUGUAAAAAUGAAGGGGAAACGGACACUUUAAAGCAAAACAAAGUGACUUUAGUAAUACCUCUUAGGUAUGAAGUUAUGCUAACUGCUCAUGGGUUUGUCAACCCAACUUCAUUUGUGUAUGGUUCAAGUGAAGAAAAUGAGCAUGAAACAUGCAUGACUGAGAAAAUGAACCUCACAUUCCACGUUAUUAAUACUGGCAUUGGCGUGGCUCCAAAUGUUAGCAUGGAAAUAAUGGUACCGAAUUCUUUUAUACCUCAAACCAAUAAGCUGUUCAACAUUUUGGAUGUGCAGCCCACUACUGGAGAAUGCUACUUUGAAACCUAUCCAAGGGAGUGUGCAUUAGAACAGGCAAAGGGUGCCGUGGAGACCUUGAAAGGCAUAUUCAAGUUCUUGUCAAAGACGGACAAGAGGCUGUUGUUUUGCAUAAAAGCAGAUCCACACUGUUUAAGUGUUUUGUGUAAUUUUGGGAGAAUGGACAGUGGAAAGGAAGCCAGUGUUCACAUUCAGUUGGAAGGCCGACCAUCUAUUUUAGAAAUGGAUGAGACUUCAGCACUCAAGUUUGAAAUAAGAGCCACAGCUUUUCCAGAGCCACAUCCAAAAGUUAUUGAACUAAACAAGGAUGAGAAUGUUGCGCAUGUUUUAUUAGAAGGACUACAUCAUCAAAGACCCAUACGUCACUUCAAUAUAGUGGUUAUUUCCAGUAGUUUGCUACUUGGACUUCUAGUACUUCUAUUGAUUUCAUAUGUCAUGUGGAAGGCUGGCUUCUUUAAGAGACAAUACAAAUCUAUCCUCCAAGAAGAAACUAGAAGAGACAGUUGGAGUUAUGUCACCAGCAAAAGCAAUAAUGACGAUUAACUUAUUUUGAAAAGACUCUAAAAGGCACUGUUUACAACAAAACAUGAAUUUGAUUCAAGCUUCUUCCUAGUACUUUUCGCUCAUGACUUUGUGACAUUGUCUUCAUGCAACAGGAAACAAUAUCCAAGCAAUGAUUGAAAGAAAACUGCAAAAGUGUGAGUAUAUACAGAUAAUCUGCCUGCUGUCAAGAAGGUAGAAAAACACUAAAAUGUUCAGCUUAUUCAAGAAAAGCAAAUCCUGGAAGAUAAAGUGACUCAAUUAUCUUCCUUUUAAGGAAUUAUUAGCCCUAUGUGCUUACCUUGAUCAGCCCUGCUGGAUGGGUAGUGAUUCGUCUCAAUACAUCCCUCCAUUAGACUUGUUGGAAACCGUCUAAAUCUUUUUAAAGAGUUUAUUUCAAAGGAUUGUUCUCAAUUUUUCUAAUUUGUAAGGAUUACAUCAUCAGCAAACUGGUUUCAUCUUUACAGACUUAUAUGUAAUAUGUCCUGAGAAACUUGUGCCAACAAUUCCUUUAUUCAGAAGUCUAUGGAUAUCAUAGGCCUGAGGAGCAAACUUCAGAAUGAACUUAGACACUGAUGAGUUUUGCAUGGUGACUUCUGGGCAAUUCCUGUUUAUCAAGCUAUGGGUUUUUCCCUGCCGUCUUUCUGUGUACUUGCAUUUUAAUAAUAGCUUAAAAUCCAAUAGUCUCCUGUGUAGCACAACUUUAUCCAAGAGUUCCCAGGAAAAUUUUUAAAGUCAGUUUAUACUAUUCUAAUUUAUAUUCUAAACAAGAGAAAUUACUCUUGCACUUUAGCCAUUACACACUGAUGUCAAAAACAUGAAAAAGUUUACCUCAAUGAUGAUUUUAAAGGUUGAAGCUGUGCAAAAGAGGUGGUCAGUAUGUUUUGAUAUUACUUUCUUUUCAAGCGUUUUGAUAAGAUCUAUGAAAGCUUUCUCUAUGGAAGUGGAUAGACGAAAUUCACAGGUAACUGAAAAGCAUCAAUUUAACUUCUCUAUAGUAAAUGUGACAGCUCAAGUAGUCUUGAGAGUGAUGUUCCACUGGGAUUUUAAUAUGUCUUUUAAUACUUUAUUUGCAAAUGGAAAUGUAAUAUUUAUUUCAUAUAUUAUAGCUACUGAUGACUGUAGAACUUAACUGUAUAUGUGUUAAAAACAAAAAAGCUGUGGUCAAAUUUUAAACAUCUGUUAAAAGUAAUCAAAUUAGAGGGCAAAAAUUUCUUUAUAUGAGGUCCCUGUGACUCACUGGGCCCCUCUUCAGAUUUCAAGAGUUAUCAACAGAAAUCAACUGUUAUAAUAAAACAUGAAUGUGUCUUGUACAAAAAGAGCUCUUUCGCGGGAAUGAAGUCAUGGAUGAAACAUUUCAGCGUAAAGUGGUUCUUGCAUUAAGAGCUAUGAUUGCUCAGUUACAGGGGACACACAGCCACUAGCUGAACUGCACAGUCUGCAAGCUGUGUUGCCUAAUUGCCUUUUGGUAAGUAGUCUUGUCAACAUUUUGGAAAAAUUCUAUUAGCUAGUCCUAUGAUUUAGAAAUCCAGUGUCUCUGCGUUAACUGCCCUGAUUAUACUGAAAAAGGAGUUAAAAGUAUCCCCAUGCAUCCUGUCUAUCAGCCUAUAGGAAACUUAAUGUCACAAUUUAUUAAGCACAAAUCCUGAAAGGCAAAGAAUGCAUUAUCCAGGCUAAACACUGCUGCCUGCAUUCAUGAAAUGUUUAUGCUGAGUUCCAAUAAGCAGCUUAAAAACACGAUUUGAAUUUUUCCAUUUUUUAGCUUUAGUAAUAUCAAAAAAUUCUUUUAGAAAAAAAUUGCAUCAAUAGAAAGCAUAACCAUAUUCCCUCAUUAUAAAAGGAAUGUGGAAACUAAACAAUUACAAUGUAAUUUUAGGAUCACUCAUCUCUUCCAUGGUGCUUCCAUAAAGACUGAUAAGUCCUGGAUGCAAUCUAUAAAGAAAAUAUGAACAAUUUAUAAUCAGUGCAGUUUUUUAUAGAGAUGCAUUCACAUAUCAGAAUGAGUGGCACACAAUGAUACAUUGCUCAGAAGUUCUCUUCAUUGCCUCUGUGAAACAGUUUGCCUACAGAACACCCAUCUGGUGCCAUUGGAAGUAUGCCUUUACCCACGGAGUCAUAAAUGCUCUGAGAAUGUGUUUGCCCCUAAAUUGGAUGUCAGAUAUUAUUAUUUAAGUAAAACUGUAUAAAAUAAGCAGACUGUUUUUCCCAGACUCAGUAUCUGUAUAAAGACAGUUUACACAGUACAAUAAUUUAGCAUACCAAAGCAGAAACUUACAACCAAAAGAAAAAUACUAUAGCUCUACCUAAGAAUUGGUAAAUACAUUUAAAUUGGGAUUUGGUUUAUUGAAAGGGCUCUGAUUUAUUGAUUUUUUUCAAUGCAAAGCAACCCGUUGGUUAUGUUGAAAAAAAAAAGAGGGCUUUCAUUAUACUGUGAGUUGUGUGAACAAAUCAAUAUAAAUAAAGCAAUAAAAUCACAAUACUUACCUAACAUGGACUGUUGAUGUAACCCACAAUAAAUCGCCAUCUACAUUCCAAGGGAAAUGUUCUUCUGAAGCAAUUCUACAAGAUUUCUCCUCCUCCUCUGUGUUACUUCCACUCGUAGUGUUCUUCGGACAAACUUUUACUUCUUGAACAAUGUAAGUCUCAACAAAUGGAAAAUUGAACUACAUAAAAUAAAUGCAAAUAUUUGUGUUUCAUUUAA